UUAGGUUGGUCGCACUGAGCGAUGAUAAAUCAUGGACGUGACUGGCUGUGAUGACACUCCUGCGUGUUUCUUUUUUUUUCGAUAAACAUGUGUGGAGAACGAUUUGUUUAACCUGAUUCGAAAGUUGAAUCUGCAACGUGUAGAAUAAAUAUCUUAUAUCGAUAAUACUUAUCGUAUAUUGAUAAUACUUAUCAUGGAAUCUUCGUCGAACGUUGACGAGUUUGUAGAAACUGUUAAACAUCUGUGGGACGUCAAUCAAUUUAUGACGAAGUUCAAGAAUCCAGUAACUGCGGAGUUACAAACGUUUUACAUGCAAAAAUGUAAAAACCUUAGUAAAAUAGUGGAAUUACCACAGAGGAAUUUUGGGCCAUCAGCAAUGUGUUCGCAUUGUGGAUCACUUUGGAGCACUGUGGAUCAUCAGGUUCGGAUAGCACGUGGUAGAAAAAUGUCUAAAUCAGUAAAGAAGGUUGUGCGUCGCAUGAAUGAAAAUCCAAAUCAAAGGAUUCCAAAAGUUUGCAUCGCUUUGGCACAGAAGUCUAUAAAAAAUGAGAUGAAUAAAUUGGUAAUCAAAUGUUCUGUCUGUUCUAAAAAUACCACGUUGCCAUUCAAAAAGGGAAAUCGGCUGAAGCCGAUCGAAUUAAACAAUUCUCAAGUAGAGACGCCGCAAAAUAAACGCAAGAAGAAAAAGAAAAAAUCUAGGGACAAGACUGCUGGUUUGAAUAUUUCAGGUUGUACGCCUUUAUCACGAUUGAAUAAGGAAGGUAACAGUAAAACAAAAUUACCCUUAACUACGCCUAAAAUAAUAUCAAAUAAUAAUAACAAAAAAUUACCCACUUCUAAUAAAAAAUCUAAAAAAUUGAAUAUAACUCGAUUAAAAAAUAUCAUGGAAGAAAGUACAGUAAUAUCUACGAAAAGGAAAAGCUUGAGUAGUUUUAUAGCAGAACUAUUUUGAAAAUUUGAAUAAUAUAGUAUAUUUUAGUUUUGUUAAUGGGUAUUUUUUUUUAUAAAAGUGUACAAAUAUAUGUAAAUAUUGUUACACUUUAUUCGACUGCUAAAUCUUUUGUUUUGAAAACUUGAUAAACUUUCACUUGGGACUUUAGAUACAGAAAGAAAGGAUUUAUAUGAAAAUUGUACAGUUCUUUAAUUAUAUAGUCUAUUUCUUGGAAAACAGUUAUAUAAAGACAAGAAGUAAAUACACAUUUUCAAACGCUAAUUAUAAAUCUCAUCGAGAUAAAUAUUUUUUCCAUCAUUGAAGAAACAUUCGAUUAAUGCAAAUCUUGGCUUGUUAACAAGAGCACCUAGAAAGAUAUGAACACACUAUUUCUUCUCGCGAUGUUUCUAUCGCGAAUAAAUUAACGCUAUGUGAAUUAAUGUACAAAUCGCAUAUUACAUCAUGUCAAAAAAUAAAUUUUUGCGACAAAGACUAAUGUCCACAUGUGCAUAUUAUUAUGUAUAUUUUUUAUGGUCCUAUAUUAAUUUCACUUGUGGUGAAGGAAGGCUUGUUCACAUGGUGUAUACAAAUUAAAAUAAAUACACGCUCUCUCUAUUUCUCUUAUGACUUCUGGUAUACGAGUGUUUUCCUGAAAUAUUCUUCCGUAGUCACUCCAGUGGAAUCUCCUUUUUUACAACCUGCAACAUCGGAAUAUACUUUAUGCACGGUGAAGUUGUAGAAUGUUAAUGCAUUCCUGCAGCAUAUACUUUACGUUCGUACACCUUAUUUACUUCGAUGUACCGUAUAAAAUAAAAAAAAGCAACUCGGAGGAAAGGAAAAUCGUUAUUUAUGCAGAAAAAAGCUGCGAACGGCCGCACGGAUCUAUAAUAUUGGGAUAUAAUGCCGGAUGGUCCAUUUUUCACAAAAAUGCUUGGAAAAAAAGGAUCGUCCAAGCGCGACGAUAUACCUCGGAAGAUUGACGCAAGGUACGGCCGUUCGACAGCAUCAUUCGACGGAAGGUCUAUUCACCUUUUACGAUUUUCGGCGCAGGAAAGUCUCGUGCACGCAGGAAUUCUACUUUCAUGCAACUGCUGUUAAUUCGGUCAGUGGGUCGAAAAGGCCGGGAGGGAGGCGAGUCGUCGAGAGAAAGAGAGAGAGAGAAAAAAAAAUAAAGAAGAGAGGAGCCGUGUUAGUCACCUGAAUGCACGCCUCGAGAUAAUCUCGCUCGGACAUUUCCUGGUCCUUCGCAGGGGGAACCUUUCCCCGUCGGCGCAGCUCU